GCUCCUGCGAACUAUGCCCCGAUCUCGACCCCCAUGACCAGUGCGGCGCCGAUCACCACUGUCGUGCAAGCAGCUACUGCACCUGCCACAGGCACGGGCUCCUCAGUGCAGUACUCCCAGCCACAGCCCGUCGCCUACACGGUCCCCCCAGGAGCUUCCUCGGUGCAGUACUCGCAGCAGCCAGUAACCUACACACUGCCCCCAGUAACCAUGCCGGCUCCUAGCGCCUCGGCAGUGUAUGCAGCACCCGAGCAGCAGCCCAUGACCUAUGCUGCGCCAGCUGCAGCACCGGCCCCAGCUCCCACUCCGGCCAUCUAUGCAGCGCCGGAGCAGCAGCCGAUGACUUACGCAGCUCCAGCUGCAGCAGUGGGCCCAGAGCAGCAGCCCAUGACCUAUGCUGCCCCCGCAGCGGCACCAACCCCCGCUUCUGCGCCGGCAUUUUAUGCAGCCCCGGAGCAGCAACCCAUGACCUAUGCUGCACCGGCCGCGGCACAAACUGCCCCCCCGGCAAUCUACGCAGCACCUGAACAGCAGCCUAUGAUGUAUGCUGCCCCCGAGCAGAUGCCCAUGACCUAUGCGGCACCCGAGCAGAUGCCCAUGACAUAUGCUGCUCCAGCCCCGGCUGCAGGACCCACUCCCGCUAUCUAUGCGGCCCCCGCAGAAGCCCCCCAGCUCCCUCCUGUCUAUGCGGCUCCUGCCUCGUACACCCCCAUGGAGAUGCAGCCCGCACCGGCUAUGUAUGCCGCGCCGGCUGGGGACAUCCCGCAGGCAUAUGCAGCGCCAGCCCCUGUUACUUAUACGACAGUGCAAGGCUCGUCUCAGGCAGCAGUCCCAAUGACAUCCUCUGCUGCUGCAGCCGCACCGGCCCCAUUACAGAUUUCUGGGCCCUAUAUCCCUGGAGCGCGGACGGAGUAUGCGCAAUACACUUACGCAUCACAGCCUGCCCCGGCAUACUCAUACCCCGGUCCAGUCUACACCGCGCAGCCUCAGUACACAUACACCACCGAGCAGAUGUCUGCUGCACCCACGUACGUACCAACUGUCAGCUACCAAUCCCCGUACACUUAUGCAGCUGCUCCGAUCGCAGCGACUGCUGCCCCUGCUGGA